AUGAUGUUUCGGGAGAAGCCUCACCCGCCGAAACUCGAUAGUCAGGACAGAAAGAAUACUGACAGGUCUCCAGCUACAUCUGUGGUUAUUAGCGAUAGCAGUCAAAGCAGCGACGGUAGUGAUUCGGACGACCAGGAGUGGCCUAUAAAGUGUAUCCUCCGUGAAACAAACACCGAAUAUCUUAUUGAUUGGGAGGGUCCUUACGAUCCAACUUGGGAACCCAAAGAGAACGCGAGCGAGCUUGCUAUACAGGUCUGGAAUAAGCGGAAAGCUCAGCGACAAAGCGAACUAAAUAGGAAAUCGACACGGGAGAGGGUCACUCGAUCGCCCAGUGUCAUCGAGGUUUCUUCGCCAUCAGAAGCAGACAUAGGCCUAGAGGACCGCAACCGCACGCCCUUCGACAGCGAGAUCGAGCAGAGUGACGCUGACUCUGAUAAUUAUUCAAGAGCUUCUUCAUCACUGUUUGUACAACAAGAGGGCCUUUCAGAGAUAGUAGACUCUCUUCAAUCCCAGUACAUUGAAGCCUCGGGCCGCUUUUACGGGACCGCAUCUCCAUCCCAAUCUCUCUCCGAUUCUUCUCUACCCCUAGCGACUGGAUCAACAAACUCUCGCUCGCAGGCGGACGCCCCAUUUCUUGAAUAUAUUUCCGAGUCAUCUACUCCGCCUGAAUACCUGCUACCAGGUGAGUGGAACGACAACAGUACGCAGCAUCCUAAUGCGACUUUUGACUCAGCGGACGACUCGGUUGACAGCUGCUCAUCGCAUCGACAGUACUCUGAGGAAAUCAGCAACGUGCUUCGAUUCUCACAUCCGAACACGUCGGGUCUUGGACUGAGCUCUAAGGUCUCUGAAAUAGCUGAGACGCCUGCUCAUCCAACAGGCUCAGGGGCUGGUUUCUCAUGCCUCUGCUCUUUUCCUUUUGAUAAUACUCCAUCUCACAGCCAUUUCACUUCACAGCCUCUUGGCCCGUCUGGCCGCAUCGUCAGAGACUGCGAGUUUGUCCAGUCAACUUAUCUAAGCUCAAUUCCAGAGACAGAUUUUCAACACUUGUCACAACAUCCAGAACGUCUCAGCACUGAACGUUUCACUCAACCGACGCUUUCAUUUUCAAAUCGUGUGGGAGAAGGACCAUCUGCCGAAAUCAUGGCAGACAAAGAGCCCAAGCCAUCGGAUCCUUCUCUCUCUGAUGCUCCUUUGGACCGAUACAGUCAACUGCCAGGGUCAACUCCCACGGAAAAAAUGCGGAACGCCUGGGCCCGACUUAGCGAAGAGAAUCCAUCUGAACUACCGCAAACAGGCAACGCCAUCCAAACUCCAUCUUCCGUGGGGGAUAUCGAGGCUUCGAUCCCGGUGUCUGUCCCCGAAACAACUGCGCCACUUAGUGUCAGACCCGACACAGAUUCCUUUUCCCAUUCACAUACUGCAGUCCACCAUGGCCAUUCUGAACCUUUACUACCACCAUCAGAACUAGCCAACGGAGGCCAUAUGAGUCAACUUUCACUGCAAACUAUCCACCCCAGCGCGUUGACUGUGUCCUGCAUGGAUGAUGAGGUUGUGCCCGGGUCAGUCCACCUUGGGCCAUCUGAAUUUGCUGUCACCCUUCCGAUGGAUUCCCGUGUGAAGGAUGACUAUGAACGAGUGCUAUCAGAUGCAGCUGCAAGCAUCCGCCAAUUUUUCGAAAGCUUUCAGCUGACUACUCAAAUCUCUGAGUCUGAGCGAGAGGUUUUACACUCACACAUGCGAGAGGUCAUAGCGCGGUUGAGCAAUGUUUCGACCCAUCCGGACUUGAACAUCUCCGACCAUUUGAAAGAUGCUGAUCCCGACCUUGCGAAAGAGGCAUCCUGGGCUGAAUACUCCAGUGCAAAGUUUCUCCUACUCGGUCAUCUCAUAGAAACUAUAGGUACGAACGAGCUCCAUAUUAUUCUGGCUGUUCAAGACGAGAAGAAACAGGCAGUUCUUGAGCGUUAUCUCCAAGGGAAGGGCUUUGCCUACACCCGACCCCGUGGAGAGAUGGGCACCACCCUGGAAGUUUCCUUAGCCAAGGGGUCGCUCAGCUUUGGAAUUCAUUCCAGUGAGGCCGCCCGUGAACUCUACAAGCCGCCAUCUGCUAUUUUUGCGUUGGAUUCAUAUUUUAGACCCAGAAGUCCGUCCGUGCAGCACCUCCGAACGACUUAUGCCCGAAACGGGAACUUGCUUCCCGUCAUCUGGUUUCUUGUCGCCAACACGAGUGAACAUAUCGAGCGUUGUUUGCCCGACUCACCAGAGCCAGAUCGAUUGCGUUUACUUGUGCACUACAUUGCCCGUCUCCAUGACGAGGUCGGUGAUCUCCAGGAUGAUGCCUUCGGCGUACAUGAAGAUGCCGAAGAGAUUCUUGGAUACCUCUUGGAUAGUGUUGCUGGCUGGCCACUGCCUACCAUUGAGCCUUUGAAUCUUGUGUCUCUAGCGGAGUUAGAGUGUUACAGCUCUUCCUCUGACGAGGUGAUGCCGCCGGCCCAGAAACGCACACUGGACGAAGAACCCGAGGAACACUCGUCAAAGCGCGCACGAGUCGGUACCCAAGAGAACAGCCAGUUGACUGAAUCCACCAAGCCUCCCAGUCAAACAUUGGACCGUGAUUUGCAAUCAUUAGAAAAGAAUCUUAUCCAGAUGAAACAAAUUCACGCGACCGAAAAGGCCCAGUUGCAGGCUGAGCUUGCUCAGGCAAAUUCUCGAUUCCAGGAAAUGGAGAAGUCGCUGGGUAUUCUACAACACCGUUACGAGACUCGGACAAAAGAACUCCACGUCACUCGCCAAGAGCGUGAUCGCGUGACUGAAAGCAAGCCGUCUCUGGAACAGCGCGUCGAGAAACAAAAAGAGACUAUCUCUAGUCUGAAAGAAGAACGAACAGAGCUAAAGCGAGAGCUCGACGAAGCCAGACAAGCACUCAAAAAUGGCGGUGGCAGUUCUGCUGAACUGGAGACAGCACGCGAGGAAAUCCGCCGCCUGGUCAAAGAAAACUCGAAUCUUGAGCGCAAGGCUGAGUUCGAGAAAAACCAAUCCGAGUACAUGCGAGAGCAAUAUCAAACUGCGUCUACAGCGGCCGCUCAGUCCGGCACAGAAAGCCGCCUUUUGGCUGCCGAGAAUGAGAAACUAAAGCGCAAGGCUGAAAGCAAUGCCGUCCAACUUCGUGAGCUGCACAUGAACGAUGAGUCGGUCCGUCAUCUAGCUCGGGUUGAAGAGCUAGAAUUAACUCUCGCUACGCGCGACGAAUUCCUACGCAGGAAGGAAGAUGAGCUUCGUGAAAUCCGGAAGAAUCGUCCAUCGACUCGCUCGACUAGCACUCAACCACGAAGCCCAAAGUGGGCCGGCAGCCGUCCGACCAGCCCCGGGGUUGGUCAUAAUGGUAACGGCAAUGGCGGUCUUGGGGGCAGGGGCAGUGCGCUACGAUAUAGUUCAGAGAUGCCUUUCUAA